CGCCAGUGUCUGCCGGGUUCUGACAAGAUGUGCCAGUCGUGCGUUGAUUACGGUGACGAGUGCACCUAUGAUCGGCCGAAGGGGAAGCGCGGGGUGAGACGCCGAUUUGUGCUCAUUGACAGCACUAAUAGCAGGCUCCCCCGAAAGCCCUACGACACCUGAAGAAAACCAAAUGCAAAGAACUGCCAAAGGGCCUUGGUCAUGAGCAGAUUCUACACCUCGUCAACGCCUGGCACACAACCGUGUACCCCAUGUACCUUUACUUCUCGUGGCCCCACUUUCGCAGUGACGUUCAUGCGAUGCGGUACGAGCACGACCACGCUUUUCGCUCGACGGUGCUUGUCAUGUGCGCGAUAGCCGCUGCCCGCAUUCGCGACGGCGCGUACAACGUUGCUUCCGGCGACCGUGUGGCUGCUAACUACAUCCCGGUUGACCCGGAUGUUCUGCGCACCGCGGCUGUCGCAUCUUUAGUCCCUCUGCCUCCUCACCGCCCCCUUGAGUUUGAGGAUCUGCGCGCCGCGAGCCUUCUGCACGUGCUCGGACAGCAGAAUGCUGACAUCGAGCUUGUCCAGCUCUCCCUGGCGCGGUAUCACGGCAUCUCAGCGUGCUUCAAGUUCCAUGACGAGCGGUUUUGGCCCGCAGAUUUGGAGGAGUGGCAGCGGGAGGAACGGCGUGCUUUGUUCUGGUCAACGUACACUUCGGACGUAUUCAUCUCGCUGCUGUGGGGACGGAUGAUUCUGCACCGCGCCUCACAAUGCCACGUAAAAUAUCCAAGCUCGCGGCUUGACGGUGCCGAUGUGGAUGGGGCAACACAUUGGAUCGUGGGCUGGAAUACCGUCACCGAUCUCUACCGUAUUCUCCACCGCAUCAUCGACACGGAAGAACACCAGACAGGUCGGACCCUGGCUGGCCCACCGCAGUUGCCACUUGACUUCGAGGAGUCGGCUGUUUGUCUCAGCACCGCAUGGCCGGCGGUGCGCUCGCUCGUGGACACCUUACCCCCGCAGCUGCGCGAGUGUCCGCCGCUGACAGGCGAGCUUUAUCGCGACAUUUACGGCUAUACGGCGGCCAAUCUACUUGUGACGCAACAGGCGGUGCGCAUGGCGAUUGCGUGCGCCUCUGCCUUGUCGAUGCUGGAACGAUGCGCAGUCGCGGGCGAGCUGCUCGACACACUGGCUAGCAUCCCCCCCGCAUACAUGCAGGGUAUGUCGGCGCCAUUCGUGCACCAGCUCGGCGCAGUCGGCUCUCUCCUGGGACGUGUCGUACAAGGUCCUCUCACGGUGAGCGCGUACAUUCAUGUGCGCCAGGUACUCCUCACCUUCGGCAACAUUCUGUCGUAUCACGAGAGCAGCCUCAAAUACUCGGGCGGCAUCGCCGAGCGGCUCUUCAAGCACGUUGGGCGUAUCGACGCGUUCAUGCAGGCCAAGGCGAGCGGGCGCAACCAGGAGAUGUUGCAAGAUGCGAUUGGCGCACAGCGCGGCGCGCGGAACGCCGAGAGCAGGCCCGCGCUGCCCCCCACCGGGCCGCCAACCCUAUCGGUGCCCCAGCCGAGCGCAACACUGAGCGGGACCAGCGAUCAGGAGAUGUUCACCAUUCCCGACGAUCUCACCCAGGAUUGGAUGUUCCCGCAGGAUCAGGCGCUCUUCGCUUCGCUUCCCGUGGUCCUGAGUGAAGGUGUGUAGUAUGAUGAAGACCAGUGACCGCCAUCAGUGGAUGACGGAUGUCCUGCUAGCGAAGGUGUGGCGCAGGCGUCUCACAGCAUCACGUCAGC